AUGGGACAAAUAUCAAGCACAAGCCAUUCAAGUGACUCAAAUAACGACUUUCAGACUAAUCUCACCAAGUCUGAAAUCAACGAUCUAUUUUAUGCGAGAUCUUUACAAGUAUUGAGGCCACAGGAACUUGCUUUCGUCAAAUCCGUUAUAGAUGAAAAUGACAGCUCGGUAAUAUCAAAAGACAAAUUAAAGGCCAAUUUAUAUGAUGAAAGUAGUUCCAAGUCAAGGGAGCUGGACAAAAUAAUGGGAGUUGUAUUUUCCAUUAUGAAGAAAAUGGGCCAAUUCCCGUUUUUGAGGAGCGAAAUGGUAUCUAGUAAAGAAUUGACAAUUCAUGAGCUUGUCAUAUCCAUCACUCUCAUGCUGGGUAGAUACAACAAAAUUUUGCAUCAAGGAUUUGACUUCCUAAAACUUUUGUUCAUUUUAUUGUCAGGGAAGGAUCAGGCAACGGCCAUGAGUAGCAGUGCCAAAGAAAGUCAGCAAAUUGAGAUACCCUUGCUCCAACCGUUUGAGGAGACUGACGAAAUGGGUCUCAAAGCUAAGAAAGUUGAUUGGAAAAGGGCUCCCAUUUUUGCCCAUUUUGAAGAAAUAUCAGACAAAUUGAAGCUAGAUGCUAGUAGCUUUGUUGAUAUCACCACAUUGACACUCAUUGCUAACUCCAUCCCACUACAGAAACAAUGUUCAAUGGAAGACGAAUUUGGUUCAAGGCUACUCCAAUGGAGUAAUUUUGAGCUAUACUCAGUAUCAAUCUUGAGGUUUGUCAAUUUAAACUUUUUGUCUAAUAAACCGGACGGGGAAUCAAUUCUGUACAACGAGUUUUCUCAAGAUAUUGGCGAAAUUUUGCCCAAUUUCUACCAAAACGGGCUAAAGAAAUUGGUCACCGAACUUUCGACUUCAUUGAAACUGGUGCAUACUGAGGCAUGUUCAGGUAAACAGCCACAAAAGAAGCAUCUUACAUUUGGACCCACCGAGUUAGUAAAUGCAGCCACCCUUUCUUACAUAUCAUCUAUCUUAAAAGGGAUUGGGAGUGAUUUGGAAGUGACUACUGAGAACGCAAUGAAGUUAUAUGCUGGGUCGGAGUCAGGAUUUUCAAUACGUUCUUUGGAAACAAAAAUCUUCAAAUGGCAGGCUCCGACAUUUUUGAUAGUGAGUGGUAAAAGAAUCAAAAAGAAAACAGUGAACAAUAAUAGACGUUAUCAAAAAUUUGACGAGGCAUAUCCGAAGUACUUCCUAAAGCAGGAGAGCCAUCUACAGCCAUGGCAGCACGAUAAUGACAGAAUUACCUACUGCGCGGUGGUGAGAGAGCCUUGGCAAAGCUCCAACAAGAGAAACUUUGGAGAUGAAUCAACUGUGAUUCUAUCUGUUCUACCCCGAACUGAUUGUUACAAGAGUGGACACAGUGACGUGAUGAAGGGCAAGCUGAUUUACUUCAAUAAUCAAGGGAUGGGCGUAGGGUUCGGAAAUUUGCAACCGUUGAAUAAGAAUGGGCACCAAAAAUACUACCCUGGUGAUGUCUCCUUAACAUUAGAGGCCAAUUUAGAAUUUGCGGUGUUUAGACAUUUAGCUCAACUGAAGAAUAAUGCCACCAAUUUCUUCAAACCGUCAGCUCAGAGUCAACUCAGCACCGAGAAUUUUGAGGACAGAUUUGCCAUCACUGAUCUUGAAGUUUGGGGUAUCGGUUCAAUGAAAGAAUUGGAUGAGCAGAGAAAGCAAUGGGAAUGGGAGGAGAAGCAAGCAAAUGCAAGACAGAGUGUGAAUAUACGAAGCAUGGGUGAAGAAAGGGCGUUUUUGGAAAUGGCAGGCUUGGUUGGAAAUCAUGGUAGCUAUGGAUCUGGAUGA